GGAACCGUUCCGAAACAGCCAUCUCAACCUACAGUACCAAAAGCAACAACGGCGAUUAAAAAUGCUCCGAUUACAACGGUUCCCGGAAGGCCAGCAGUUCAAACAAUCCCUCCAAAAGCAAUCACUCCACCCACUCCAAAAGCAGCCACUCCACCCGCUCCGAAAGGUAAAUUUAAAGAGAUGCCAGAAAUGCGAUUUGAAGGACCGUAAAAGAAUUCGAAAACUAUUGCAGCAACAACUACCGUAG